AUGGUGUCUUCUGUCCUUCCAUCAGUCCUGUUGAGUGGUUUGUCUUUACACGUUAUUGUCAGUUCCAUUGCUUUUAAUACUGGUGCUGCCCUGCGCGAGGUCAUCCCGCACGUGAAGCGCGAGCGGAAGCUGUCCAAGAUCGAGACGCUGACGCUGGCCAAGAACUACAUCAUGGCGCUGACGAACGUGGUGUGCGAGAUGCGCGGCGAGGACAAGCCGUACCAGCUCUUCCCCAACAGUUCCUCGUCGCCGGCGUCGUCCACGGGGAACAACGGAGGCGAGUCCCCGUCUGCCAACAACAACACCUCCUGCUGCUUCCCGGCGGCCAACAGCGCCUCGCCGACCUCCACCGCGACCAACACCUCCUCUUCCACCACCAGUCUGCACAGGGACUCGGAGCUCUACUGA